AUGGCGUCCAGAGCAGCAGCGGCCGUCCUCGUCCUUGCAGCCUUGAUCUGCGCCGCACACUCGUCGGCGGCUGCUGAGGGGCUUUCGCGGAGCUUCCACGCGGCGUCGUGCCCGGAACUGGAGGACAUCGCGGGAUCGCUCGUGGCGGAGACCUUCCGCCGCGACGUCGGCGUCGCCCCGGCCCUCAUCCGCAUCCUCUUCCACGACUGCUUCCCGCAGGGCUGCGACGCGUCGGUGCUCCUCACGGGGAACAACACCGAGCUGAAUGCCGUGCCCAACCAGACGCUCCGCCCCGUGGCUCUGGACCUCAUCGAGCGCAUCCGCGCCGCUGUCCACGCCGCCUGCGGCCCGACCGUCUCCUGCGCCGACAUCACCGUCCUCGCCACCCGUGACGCCCUCGUCAACGCUGGCGGGCCCCACUUCGACGUCGCCUUCGGCCGCCGCGACGCGCUCGCCCCGGCGUCGCAGGACCUCGUGGACACCCUGCCCGCGCCCUCCUUCGACGUGCCGACGCUCAUCUCCUCCUUCGGCAACCGGAGCCUCGACGUGGCGGACCUCGUCGCCCUCUCCGGCGCGCACACCUUCGGCGUCGCUCACUGCCCCUCCUUCUCCGACCGCUUCACUCCCAACGUCGACCUCAACCCGCUCAUCGACCCGUUAUUCGCACGGAGGCUGCGGGCCAAGUGCGCCAAGGACGUGCCCCAGGGCACCGUCAACCAGACCCUCGACGUGCGCACGCCCGACGAGUUCGACAACAAGUACUACUUCGACCUCAUCGUGAGGCAGGGCCUGUUCAAGUCGGACCAGGGCCUCAUCGACCACCCCGAGACGAGGCUCUUGGCUUCACGGUUUGCGCUCAUCCAAUCCGCCUUCUUCCGGCAGUUCGCCAAGUCCAUGGUGAAGAUGAGCAACAUGGACUUGCUCACUGGCACCCAGGGUGAGAUCCGGCAGAACUGCGCCGUCCCCAAUAGGCGCGUCGAGGGCAUCGAGACCGCCAACGACGAGGGCCACACGGCCGCCAUGUGA